AUGUCCAAGUACGCCAAAAACCAGCCCGUCGGCUUUAAAAACGCCAUCGAGAGGGUCGCCAUUGUCGGGGCCGGGGGCACCAUCGGAUCGAACAUCACAGCUGCCCUGCUUCAAACCGGAAAACACUCAGUCACGGCCCUCACCCGAAAAGACAGCAGCAACAAGCUCCCCGAGGGCGUCCUAGUCGCCCCAAUCGACUACAACGAUGAGGCCACCAUUGUAGCCGCCCUCCAGGACCAGCAAUUUUUCAUCAUCACCAUGGCUCCCAACGCGCCGCGGGACGCCCACAGCAAGCUCGUCCAGGCGGCUGCCAAGGCUGGCGUUCCCUACAUCAUGCCCAACGGGUACGGCGGCGACAUUGCCAACACGAAACUCGGCGAGGAGACCAUGCUGGGGCCCAUUGCCAAGGCCCAAAGGGACGAAAUUGAGAGGCUUGGCAUGCAGUGGAUCACUGUGUGCUGCGGAUUUUGGUACGAUUACAGCCUGGCGGGUGGUGAGUCGCGCUUUGGGUUCGACUUUGACAAGCGUUCCCUCACAAUUUAUGACGAUGGCAACACCAAGAACUCGACCUCGACCUUGUCGCAGGUCGGGCGAGCCGUGGCCAAGGUGCUGAGCCUCAAGGAGCUCCCCGACGACGAGAGCGACACGAGUCUUAGUCUGUCGGGGUUCCUCAACAAGGCCGUGUACAUUAAGAGCUUCGUAGUCAGCCAAAACGACAUGUUUGAGAGCGUCAAAAGCGUCACGGGCACCACUGAUGCCGACUGGACCAUCACCCACGAGGCCACCAAGACGCGGUACGAGGAUGGCCUGGCUCAAGUCAAAACUGGUAACAUGGCUGGUUUUGGCAAGUUGCUGUACGCGAGGGCAUUUAGCCCGGAUGACCCGAGUGAUGUCUCGGCCAAGGCGCAGAAUCAGCUGCUCGGCCUGCCGGAUGAGAGCCUGGAUGAGGCUACCAAGGUGGGCAUUGAUCUGGUCAAGGUCCUGCAGAGUCGCGCGGAGCGCAUGGCGCACUAG